CGUCUCCCGUCGGCGGCGCGGCGCGGAGCGGAGCGGGCGGCGCUCCCCGCCAGCGCAGCGGCAUGAAGGAGCCGUCGCUGCCCGGCACCUCGCUGCAGCGGGCCUGCCGCCUCCUCGUCGCCUUCUGCGCCCUCCACCUCUCGGCCACGCUGCUCUACUACCUGGCGGGCAGCGCCCUGGGGCCGCCGGGCAGUCCCGAGCCGCCGCCGCGCCGCCCGCCGCCCUCCAACCUCUCGCUGCCGCUUUCCCGACCACCGCCGCCCACUGCCCGGCCCCGGCCCCCCACCGCCUCGCCGCCGCCGGGCCCCUGCCCCGAGACCUCCCCGCUGCUCGUUGGUGCACUACGUGUGGAGUUUUCCCAACCUGUAAACCUGGAAGAAGUGGCAAGAAAAAACCCAGAGGUCAAAGCAGGAGGUCGUUUUGCUCCAAAGGACUGUAUAGCACUUCAGAAAGUAGCAAUAAUCAUACCGUUCAGGAACCGAGAGGAGCACCUGAAAUACUGGCUCUAUUACCUGCAUCCAAUUCUCCAAAGGCAGCAACUAGAUUAUGGAAUUUAUGUUAUCAACCAGGAUGGAGAAGAAGAAUUUAACCGUGCUAAACUGCUGAAUGUAGGAUUCGCAGAGGCUUUGAAAGAGUAUGACUAUGAUUGCUUUGUGUUUAGUGACGUAGACCUCAUCCCAAUGGAUGACAGGAAUACCUACAAAUGCUACAGCCAGCCACGGCACCUCUCUGUAUCCAUGGAUAAGUUUGGAUUUCGGUUGCCUUACAAUCAGUAUUUCGGAGGCGUGUCUGCCUUGAGCAAAGAGCAGUUCACAAAGAUCAACGGCUUCCCAAACAAUUACUGGGGCUGGGGUGGUGAAGAUGAUGACAUUUAUAACAGGCUGGUGUUUAAAGGCAUGGGGAUAUCCCGACCAGAUGCCAUCAUUGGGAAGUGCAGGAUGAUUCGGCAUUCACGGGACUGGAAGAACGAACCCAACCCCGAGAGGUUUGACCGAAUUGCUCACACAAGGGAGACAAUGAGCUCUGACGGCUUAAACACACUGUCCUACAAGGUGUUAAGAACUGACAAGUACCCUCUGUAUACAAAGAUCACAGUGGAUAUUGGCUCGCCAAAGAGCUAACAUCAGAGACACAAGAGAGACCUUCCGGAUGUUGGCCAGGACAUCUGGCCUUACUGAUGCUUUUUAUCUACUGGUUUUAUGAUGGUUGCAAUGAACAAAAUACCAAAGCAUCUCCAAAUUGGUUGGACAACUGCUUUUUAAUUCUUUUGAAUUCCAAACUUGACUUUACACAAUUUUCUAGCUCUCCAUUGCUUUAAGUCCAAAAGCUGUACAUAAGAGUUGUAAAUAUUUACUUUGCCAGAAAAUGUUUAAUCUGAUCUAUUCGCUACAGUGCUUCCCAUGUUGAGUUAAUUGCUGGACACAAAUUUUACUGAUUACAACUGUGAUGCAUUAGCAGUUAGUGCCCAUGAUAUCUAAUAUUUUAAAUGAGGUGUAUGAAAACGUUCCUCUUAAUUCAUUCCUGGUUUUGCUUUUAUGAAGGACUGUAAAAUGCUGCUAAAAUUUUACAAGUUUACACUUUGCAUUAGAUUUUAUUCUUUUUUUUAAGUGGAGACAAUACUUUUUUUUUCCAUAGUGACCAAAACAAACAUCUUCUCUGUGUGCAGAGCAAGUGUUGAACAAUCAAGUCUGGAUUCAAUGAAUGUUAUUAUUUCUUCUAGCCUCAAAAGAGGCUUUGAGUAGUGACCUGAGCCAGAGUUUGCCAGAACUUCCAGAGAGCUCUCUGCAUGGGGUGGGAGCUACACAGAUGGCACCUGCAAAAACCACUGGCUUCAGAUAACCUUACUUACGGAUGUGACAGUGACUUUUUGCUUCAGCCCACCACCACCUGGAGUUUUGGGGGAGGGCGGGGGGGCAGAGUGGGAUGACUUGGUUUUAUUUUUUUUCCUGAAAUAAAGAAUUAAUUUAAUUGUGCGAUGAAAUUAUGGCCUUAAAAUCUGCAGAUUUGAUUCACUUGUUAACAGUGGUAGAAAGUUACCAUGCUAUUGUCUGAAGCUUCCUAAAACCACAAUUUUUCUUGCAAGGUCAUGCAUAAAACUUGAAUUCACUUAUUACUUUUUUUGUUGUAACAUUUUAAUUACUUUCUAAAGUAAUUUGUAUAUCAUAAGCAGUAUAUUUAAUACCAGAUUAAACUAGGGUGCAGCAUAAUAGGGUAUGAUUCAAGGCUUCCUUUAUCUUCAGAAUAGUAGGCUUUUUAUGUGUGUCAUUAUAUAUAAGCCAUGUAUUGUAUUUGCUCUGCAUAUUUGUCCAUGAAAUCUCCUGCGGUGCUGAGAUACUCACAGCAGGGCAGACAUCCAGUCGAUUUUCCUUUGCCUAAAGCCUGUUGCAAUGUGUGUCCUCUAUUGAGAAAUUCACUUCUGAUUUUCUCAGGCUUUGAAGGACAUGCAUGUUUUGGAGUACUACUUUUUUUCAGUGCACCAGGGCACCACCUGUACAGACACCCUGCUUUUCCUUCCUGUGACCUUAUGAUAUGAAAGCCUCGAGCGCUGACGCCCUCGGAGCUGGUUUAAGUGAUUUAAAGCUUUAAGCCAGAACUGAGAACUGAAUUCCUUCUGGUGAGUAUUUUGCCACCAGCUCUGACCACAGCAAUUUGCACUUCCUUGGCCUGUGCUGAAGGCUGUUAAAAUCAGGGAUGCUCGUUGUAUUGGGGAUCAUCUUCAGCACUGCCUUUUUUUUUUCUUUUUUUCUUUUUUUUUUUCCUUUUUAUCUUUUUUGUUUUUGUUUUAGUGUUUGGUUUGGUUUUUUGUUGAGACCUGAAGCUUUUGCUGAACCCUUGCACUGCAGGGGUGGGAUCCUGCAGGCGCUGGGGGACAGUGCUUUUCUUCUUAGGUCAGCAGUGGCUCAAAGUAUGCAUGGAGACUGAUGACUAGGGAGACACGCAGGUGCCUUUUCAGACUUGUUCACCCCCUUCGCUUAAAACCUGUUGCCAGCCAGAUGUGCUGCCACAGUCGUGCUGGGAGCUGAGCACGCAUGGAGCAGGAGCAAAGCACAAAGAAGCAGACUUAAGAGCCACUCUCUUGUGCUUACCAUUGCAUUGAAAGACUCCUUUUUGGUACAUCUGGCUCCAGCUGGUGCAGAUAGAAGGGGGUACAAGAAGAGGAUGUAUUAUGGAAGUCAGGUCAGAUGUUGACCUGUAGAACGACGGCAUAGCUGUAGUCUGUACCAGUUAUGGAGACAGAGGCGAGGACUUUUUAUUUUUUUCAAAGAUGCCUUAGAAGCAGGUCUCCGCUCCCACAGGUGGCAGAUAGCACCAAAACCCAUCAAGGUUCCACUGGAAAUGCCAGGUCUCUGCAGAAAGCACCUCAGUUUUGUGCGGAGCCUAUUGUAAGCUGGGGAGUUGGGACCUUCAGCUGUAGUGGUGUCUAUCUGCUAACAGGCUAUGCAAAGGGGCUGCUCUUGUGAUUCAGUGGUAGGUUUUUUAGGGGUUUUUUUCCUUGCCUUGGGAUUCUCUGAAGAUUAGAAGAAAGUCAGUGUAACAACUCGUUUUGCUGUAUGCUGGGAUAGUUGAAUUUCACAGAGGGGGUCUGAGCACUUGUUUCUGGCUGCAAUCAAAAUUUCUACACAUGUGCCUUGAAAGAGGGGAGAAAUGGAAACUGGAAAACCAAGAAAUCUGACAACCAUUUUCAGCAGAGAUACUAGUGCAAGAAACUUGCUUAGUUUCUCUUCUACUGCUAAAGUCACAAGCCAUGUUAAAGCUGAAACUGUCUUUCAUUGCUUAUUUUGUCCUUUGGUGCUGACACCUGAUUUCCAGAUCUCAUUGUUCCUGUGUAAACUGUAUUGGUCAAACUCACAAAAUGCUCGUGACUCGACCUGGCCAUGAAAUUUCUCCCCCUGAGACUUUCAGGGGCUUUUUCUACAAACACUUGUAUUGCACAGAAGUGAAUUUUGGCCAUGACCUGUGGUGGGUGGUGUUUUUCCUCUCCUGUACUGGUAGCAACACUCAAAAGUGAUAACUGUGUGUAGCGGUUGAAACCCAGAACAAAAACAGCUGCAAAGGAAACACUCAGGCUUGGUUUCUUUGCGGUGACAGUUUGCUUGUUAGGAUGAGGGAGCAUCCUGGUACGCAGCUUUUCCCCAGGAUGUUACUUGCGUACAGAACUGCUUGUGGGUUUCCUGUAGAUGGUUUUGCUUUUGCAUUUUUUAUCAUUUAUAUAUCAAAGGAUGUAUAAUCUGACGUUCCUACUUCACUGUUGAUGUCGAAUAAAAUAUUUUCACAUAUGA